AUGGACAGCGGCGACCGCAUGUUCUGUCAUGCCUGUGGCGGGGUUUGGCCUAAGGAUGGUGGUUUAACGUGUCCGCAUUGUGAAUCUGAGUUCACAGAAAUAAUUGAGAUUCCCCCAGAACAAGCUUCCGAAGAUUCCCCUUCACACCGUGCCAACUCCUCGUCGCCUUCACGCGUCAACCCAUGGAUAGAUCACAACCCAUGGGAACAAGACACACAAGAACAACAAGGUCCUGGGCUUUUUGGAAGUGGCACUCCUCCGUACACCUUCUCGCGCACAUAUAGAUCGCCCGACGGACGUUUCUCAUUCAGCAGCACGACGGUUGAUUCCAGAUUUCCUUCUGGUCAGCGCAACGACGGCCCGAACCCUAUGGUUCCGAUGAUGAUGCAAAGCUUUGACACACUUUUACAAAAUUUAAUGGAGCCAAAUCCUCGUGGAUACAGGGGAUUCGGAGAGGAUCCCUUCCAUCCUCAAUCCUCUACCUCUCCCGACUGGCUCGAGGACGACCACCUCACAGGCCAUCACCCAGGCCUAUCUCCCCGCAAUGCAGAUGCGCCGCAACCCCCCAACCACAAUCCGACGGACUUAGCUGAAAUCAUGGAAGCAAUUCGCGCUGACAUUGGGAUACAAACCACCCAACGCGCACGUGGCGCUCGUAGCGCGACAAGCCCACAGGCUCUUUCGAUAUUGUCGGCCAUUCUCAACAUGGGUCGAAGCGGGGAUGCAGUAUAUUCGCAACAAGAGCUCGACCGAGUCAUCAUGCAACUGAUGGAGAAUACUGGAGGGACCAGCACUGCGGCACCGCCAGCAUCGGACGCUGCUGUCCAAGCCUUGCCAAAGAAAAAAAUUAAUGAAGAGAUGAUGGGAUCUGAAGGAAAAGCAGUGUGUUCGAUUUGUAUGGAUAACGUUGAUUUGGGCUUGGAAGUCACUGUGUUACCAUGCACACACUGGUUUCAUUUCAACUGCAUCCAUGCAUGGCUGACCCAACAUAAUACUUGCCCACAUUGUCGGCGCAGCAUCAAUUCAAACACAGCAGGCGGAGAAGGCACCUGUGAAGAUCCGGUAGUGAUCCAGGAUAGUCCUGAGCAGCCGAGAUCCCAUCGGCGUCACAGUUCUGCUCGCACCAUUCGCAGCGGUCAAUCCUCCUUAUCUUCAUUGCAGAACCGAAUAUCCCCCCGAACUUCCCCCCUUCGGUCCCCUACGCCAGAGGGAGACGAAUCUAGCAACCGACGGUCUAGCCGAAGUGAGGGUAACAGUGGAGGAUUCACCAGUUGGUUUACGAACCGAUUUGGAAGCAGCGCAUGA